CACAUAUGUGAGUAAUAAUGUAUCUUCUUCAAUAUUUUUAAAUUAUUAUUUUAAUUUAGUCUUAAUAUAAUUUUAAAAUUUUAACUUCUCUAAGUAUUUCACCUAAAUUCAUAAGUAAAAUUUAUUUUUAUAAAAAUUAUUCUACCGUUAUGUCUCAGAGCAACAACUUUUAUGAAAGAACUAUCGAAGAUGUCAAAAAAGUUAUAGCUCAUGCUAAACUUUCUGAAGAUGACCUCAAGCCUAAUGUUCAACCAAUAUAUUUUGAUGAGCAAUUUGAUAACUAUAAAUUAUUGGAAUUGGAUGAAGAAAUAUUAUCAAACCUUAAAAGUGGCCAAACUGUAGUGUUCAAAGGGGACAAGGAUGAACCUGCAGUGUUAUGUACAGAAACCAAAACAUUUGAUGUAAAAGAAGCAGAAACUUCAAAUGCUAUUUUGUUAUUACCCAAUUUAACUUUUCCCAGUGAAAAUAGCGAUGAAAAACUAAUAAAAAGAAAAAUCAUUGGAAUAUUCCAUACAUAUUUUGAAGUUCGACUCUGUAAGCCACGAUUAAAAAAGUUAAUACAUAUUUUGAACAAAUCGAGUUAUAAAGGAUCGGAACAUGAAACUGAAAUUUCCGAAACAUGUGAAUUAUAUACUUUUAAAAAACUAUCAACAAUAGUACAAGCUAGUGAUGAUGAACUGAGAGAAGCUUUAAAAGAAAUCGGUGCAUUUCAAAUAAAUGAUUAUUGGAGAAUAUUAGAAUUUGAUUAUGAAGCUAGAGCAUUAUCUUUCUUAUUAAAUUUAAUUGAUGAACAGUCGUGGUCAUAUAAUGCUGUACCAAUGGAUGAAUCAGUAAAAAUUCUUAGUGAAUUAUUACCCUCAGCUAUUCUAUAUCAUAUAAUUGAUAAAUAUAGUAUUAAAUGUUUAUCUACAAAUUUAAAUGAAACUCAUCGAUCUUUAAUUGAAGAUAAAGUUUGUCGUUUUCUUGCUUCUAUGCUACUAAGACCAUGUGAAAAAUUUAAUUUCACUGAUUUUCAAGUAGCUUGGCAAGCGAGUGUGCCUGAAGGGAUGAUUACGAAUCUAAAACAACUAGAAGGUACUGUUUUAAUUGAUAAAUCAAGCCAUCCACAAACAAUUUGUUAUUUCAAUGAACAAGAUUUACCUGAUGACAUUUCUGAAAGAGUUCAACAUUUAUUUCAAAUUAAAGAAAAAUGGACUCUCGAUGAAAUUUGCCCUUUUGUUGAGAAGCUUGCUACGGCCAAAAUGAAUGUUAACACUUUAUUAGCCAAGUAUGCUCGUGCAACAAAUGUAGAUGGUGAAAGAUUAUAUUGUUCAAAACAUAGCUCUAAAUAAAGUUUAAAAAUUGAUAUAACA